AUGGCCUUGCCAGUCGCGUCUUUGCUCGCUCUCGCGGUGUUAUGCGCCGCGCAGAACGUCACUAUCGACGUCCCUUCCUCUCCACCGUCAGACGUCUCGCGUACGCUUGACCCAGCCCUGGUCUCGUUCUCCAUUGAGAUCGCGUACCUCGACUCCUUCACCGGCAAUGCGAGCUCUCCGAACAAUCUGACGCGUGCGUUGAUGGCGAAUUUGGAGGACCGAACGGGACAAGGUCCCGAUGUGCGGCCUGGCGGUAUCACCAUUGACAGUUCCAAGUUCGACCCUAACCAGACGGAGAUUGUGGUCCUGGAUGAGAGUGCGACUGGUGGCAUCUAUACGACUACGUUUGGACCCGCACUGUACGAGGCUUUGAACGUUUGGCCCAACUCGUCGAAGAUUGUCGUGAGCUCGAACCUGGGCAACAACACAGUCACCAUAGCCCGCGAUGAGCUUGCCGCCGGUAUCGAGCAUCUCGGUUGGGACCGGAUUCGCUCUCUUGAACUGGGCAAUGAGCCAGAUCACUAUGGUGGCGGAUCACGCGUCUCAGGCUGGUCUUCGGCAGACUACACCGCGCAGUUCCUUGGUUGGACUUCGUUCCUGACGCACAACCUCUCCCUACCUGAAGACGCGUUCCAAGCGUGCAGCUUCGCAGAAGACCCAAUCAAUGGCGAGGACUUCACGACUUCGAAUGUCAUUGACGAGGGUAUUCUUGGCACUAACGCUGUCCGACUCUUCAAUCAGCAUAUGUACCAGUAUUCGACGUGUGAUCCUGCACGGAACGCCAUCGCUACCUUGCCGAACCUUGUGAACCAUACCAACAUUACGAGCUACGUAAAUGAGUUCGUACCUCAAGUUCAGGCGGCUGCGGCUGUGGGCAAGGAGUUUGCUAUCGGCGAGUUCUCGUCAGUCAGCUGCUCGGGCAAGCAGAACGUCACAGAUACCUACGGGCAGGCGCUUUGGCUCGCCGACACGAUCCUGUACAGUGCGUCUCGCAAUAUCUCCCGGAUGUAUCUCCACCAGGGCGCGACACUCGUCUUCCAAAGCAGUAAUCAGGCAAACGCACCCGGCUUUUCUUGGUAUGACCUCUGGUACCCAGUCGAUACCGACCGCUAUGGCGCUGCCCGCGCCUCGCCUUCAUACGUCUCUACGCUUCUCAUAGCCGAGACUGUCGGCUCGUCCAACGACUCUUCACUCGCAUAUAUCCCCGUUCCCUCUGCACCCGAUCUCGCCGCAUUCGCAGUCUACGAAUCAGGCUCACUCUCACGUCUCACCCUGCUCAAUCUCGCGCACCGCAAUACAACCGACUCUGCUGACACCGGGAGUGUGUCGGUGGAUGUAACUGGUUUUGCGGGAGAGGGCGCGGUCAAGGUCAAGAGGAUGACGGCGCCGGGGAUGGAUAGCAAGGAUGUUGAUUCCGUUACUUGGGCGGGUCAGGCGUAUACCAAUGGAACGGUUGUCGGUGAGGAGGUGAUAGAGGAUGUGACAGAUGGAGUUGUGGUCGUCAAUGGUGUAGAGGGUGUCAUCGUGUUCUUCGACUCUAGUACAUAG